AUGCACCAUGUAAUACAGGAGGGACCUUGGUCAUUUGAAAACCACACGCUGGUCUGUCGUCAAGUGCAUGAUGGCGUCCUCCCAAGCGAUGUCGUGCUUGAUGCGGUAGAUAUGUGGGUUCAGGUUCACGAUCUUCUGCUAGGCUAUACAUCAGACGAGGUUUUGGAACAGGUUAGAAACUUCCUGGGUUCUUUUGUUCGAUGUGACGAUAGGUUUGCAGGGGUUCCAUGGCGAUCUUUCUACCGUGUGCGGGUUGCCAUUCCGAUAGCACGCCCAAUCAAGAGGCGUAUGCGGAUGGUAAAAAGAGACAAACAGUGCUAUUGGGUUACAUUCAAGUAUGAGAGGUUGCAUACCUUUUGUUUCUUCUGCGGGUUCCUAGGGCACUCGUACAAGUUCUGUUUGAAAGCACGAGACUCAGGGUUGCCAGUUGAUCAUUACCCUUAUAGUGCUGACCUUCGAGCUGGAGUCGGAAGAGGGCCGGGAGCGGUGGGCGACCCGUGGUUGGUGCCGUUAGGGGGUUCACCGCGAACUGCGGGGACGCCGUCGGUGGUGGACGCGGUCGGUAGCGGCGGGGUGGAGGCAGCGCAGCCGGCUAGUAGACAGAUUGAGGAGCGAGGCAUUGUAGCUGUCUCUAAACGCUGGUGUGAAGGGUACGGGUCCGGCAGUAAGCGGCCAGGCAGUGGGAGUGGUGACGUUACUAUGACCGAGGUUUCAAAAAACUUGCAUAUGGCAGGUACUGGUUCCCAGUCCCGCCCGUCAUCAUGA